AUGAGUGGAGAACUUCUCAAUAUCGAACCUUUGGAGCUCAAAUUUCCUCUUGAGCUGAAGAAGCAGAUCUGUUGUUCGUUUCAAUUGUUGAACAAAACGGAAAACCAUGUCGCCUUUAAGGUUAAAACCACGAAUCCGAAGAAAUAUUGUGUUCGACCAAACACUGGGAUUGUCUCGCCGAGAUCAACAUGUGACGUUAUAGUUACAAUGCAAGCUUUAAAGGAACCUCCAGCAGACAUGCAGUGCAAAGACAAAUUUCUGCUUCAGAGUGCAGCUGCAAGCCCAGGAACUACAGCAAAGGAUAUAACUGCAGAAAUGUUCAAUAAAGAGGCUGGCAAGCUAGUGGAAGAGUGCAAACUCAAAGUGGCUUAUGUUGCUCCACCUCAACCACCAUCACCAGUUGCUGAGGGAUCCGAUGAGGGUUCUUCUCCUAGACCAUUAGUAUUGGAAAAUGGCAGCUUGAGUGGUUCUGAGGUUUCGAGAAAAUAUUUGGAUACCUCUGACCGUUCAUAUGAGGCAAGAUCUCUUAUAUCCAAAUUAACAGCAGAAAAAGAUUCUGCGGUUCAACAGAGCAGUAGACUCCGUCAAGAACUGGAACUCUUGAAACGUGACAGCAACAAAAGUCGUGGUGGUGUUUCUGUAACUUUUGUCAUCGUCUUUGGGUUGGUUGGCAUCAUUUUGGGGUACUUGAUGAAAAGAACAUAA